GCUUAUAGGAAUGACAUUAAAAGAUGCGAGGACAACGUCACCAGGAUGAAUCACAACCCAAGGAAGUUCGAGGAGAAGAUCGCACUAAACAAGCAGAAACAAGCGGAACAAGACAAACAGUUUGAGGAUAUCAUUCGAGAUGUCAGCAACAUCCGGGACAAUGAGUGCAUCUCUAAUCAGUUCCGUUCACUGCCCAACAUUCAUGGACCUCCUCCCGGGAUGUACCAGUAUAACAUGGCCGCCUUCAAUGCUCCUGUAAACCACCAAGACGGGUUCUGGAACGCAGAUAUUCAUCACGGAUUGAACCUUCAACUACCUGAAUCGCAUCAAAGGAGGGUGCUGUCAGAUUCUCAACUUCAUAAAACAGGAGUUAAAGGAGAAUCAGAAGGAUGGAACAACCACUCGUUACCGAGGCCCAAGUCAGCGUUAAGCGUCAAGUCGUAUGAGAACAGCAUAUCUACCAAGACUAGUUCCUUGCCAGAUCUGUCGCAGAAUUACAUUCCUGUUCAGGACGAGAGCUAUAGUCAAAAUAUCCUACAUCAGCAUUAUCUGGACGGAAUUCCGGACAACUUGCGGAUGGGAGGACAACACCAGUACCAAGUUCCGCCCCAUCAAGGGGGUGGUUACUUCAUGUCAAUAGACGAAGCUACAGGGACAGAUUUAAAGCACCGAGUGAGGCAGUACAGCCCCACUCCCUCCCCUCCCGCCACUCCUCAGAGCAUGUCUUACAAUUUUGGUUCCCCGAACACCAAUUACCAGCGAAUGACAGCUCAGAUGCAAGAAUUCAACCUUCACUCGCCUACCGGUCAAAUACUGCACAGUGGAAACUGUUCGCCACACAGUCGGAGCGGCCAAGCCUCCCCUGAUGUGUACGACAUUAAGCCCAGUAUCGACGACUCGGUAGCAGCACACCAACAAUACAUAAACUAUUACCCGAGCCAGCCUCCCACUCCUCAUGAGCAGCAGAGUUACAGCAAUCCCCCCUCCAUACCUAAGAUACAGGUACAAGCACCAGAGGAAGCCAUGUCGCCGCAGUACUACCCUCCAGACGACGAGAUGAGCGGUGCGGGCAUGGACCUCAACGAGUACUUCGUGAACUUCGAGCACGACUCAAUUCUCCAGGGGGAGGACGUCCAGGGCUCUCUGGACAUGUAUCCUAGCACUAGCUACCAAAACUAUCCCUACUCCUGAUAAUCGGUCCUCGGUCUACUCGGGCAGGUCCACUCCCUACAUAUAUAUAAAAUAUAUGCGUUAAUAUGGUCAAUGUGUGUAGGUAGGAUAGAUAUAGAUAUCAUAUCAUAUAGAAACAUCCCGUGAAACAGUAUUGGUUCAGGGUCAGGGUCUCCGUGAUAUGUAUAUAUUAAUUAUAUAUAUAUACUACCUUAAACACGGGUUCAAAAUAGAAGUCACGAUGAAAAUUUUAAAAUGCUUUUUGAUUGGACAAUUGGUUUGAUUCGGGGCUUCUGAUUGGCCGAUUACACGCCUGCUCGGGGCUGCUAUUUUGAAACCCACGCAUAAACCCUUCAUUCCCCUGAUUUGAUGUUUUAUAACUUACGAUUCAAAAUAUUCAUAUACUCUGCCUUAUUAUGUUCGUUUAUCUAAAAGUGAGGGAGCUAAUAAAAGGUUUAACUUAUGAGAUCAGAUGUGUUAGCAGUAUGUAAUGACAUUCCACGCGUAUUAUAAUUGUACAUACACGCAUUUUUGUUGGGUAGUUUGUGAAGCUGAGGUCUGUCAAGAAUAUGACAGAUAUUUCGCGGUUUUUUUACCGCUUGUCUGGAUAUCCUGAAAGCUAUGUGAUAGUCGUCCUUUGAUGCUUCAAAGGAAUUCUUAAUUUUUCUAAAGAAGAUUGAUUUUAAGAAACCGGUGGGUACCCUCCACUAAACGCAUUUGCAAGAAUUAGCAGGGAAAUUUUAAUUUUGCAUAUGCAUACGUUGUGAAGCUUGGUUUUGCGAAGCCUUUAAUAUUUUGAUGUCAAAAGGUUGAUUUUGAAGUGUGUUACUUACCAAAUGAGAAUUUGCUCUAUUUGAGAUUUCAUAUUCUUGUGAGCUGCCGGACAAUUUAGUUAUUCUGUUUUCUAUCGAUAGAAUUUGAAGCAAAUCCCGACCAAAGUAAGGUCCGGCAAGGUAUCAAACAUUAAAAGUAUGUUCGAUAGGUUCAAAGAUUUACAGUAAAUCGCACCAAUUAAUAAAAUUAGUUUUAUUAAUUAGUAAAAUUAAUUAUCGACUUGAACCUAUCUUUUAGUGGACUAACUCGUAAUAUUUUUGUACUGUAAGCAACUUCUACCGCAUGUUUUAACUAUCGUAGGAUGUACGCAAGUUGGUCGAAUGAACAAGUUUUUAGGCCGAGUUUUAUAAUAUUGACUGUAUAGUGCUGCAUAUGGCGAAGGAAAGCUCACACGUGUUAAAUACGUGGCUCGGAUAUUAGCCAGAUUUGUUAUCAAGGCUAUUGACCGUGUUGUGACCCGUGAUAUUCUGCCAAAAUAAGCUCACUUUGUGACCCCCUUCAAUUUUCUUUGUUGGGCGAUCAGAUUUGCCCUACUAUUCGGUUGGGCUCCUUUGUCAAAUUUAUCAAUCCAAAUCGCCUGCCGUACAGUGUUUGAAAAUUGAUUAAAACAUCAACAAGUUUAUUCUUGGCGGCGCUUUAAAAAUUUUAGACGCUUCCAUGACACGAUUUAAUUAAAAUAGCUAUUUUUGGUUAAAUCACGGUCACAAAUUACUGCAUUUUCGAUAAUUAUGUCGGCUGAAAAGAUAAACGUUUUUCCGUAAUUUAGCGUAUGAAUACUUAAAAUUAAGUUAAAUUAUUGUAGCCUCAAAGAGUCCAGCCAACUUAUCAACUAUUUUGUACCAACUUCUAACUCCGACCCCUUUAUAAUGGUUGAUCAUUGUGGGUAUGCAAUUGUUUGAUCAUUGUACCACAAAAAUCUACAAAAACUCUCACCGUAUCUUCGUAUAUUAAAAAACAGUAAUAUAAUUUAAACGGUGUUUCCAUCUCAGCUCAUUGACUGUUGAGUGUUGAUCCGUAGAUUGCUGAUUAAAUAUAACAUUGACCAUAUCAAUGAUCAAAUCUUUGCUUGUUACACAUUUUAAUGUUAUUAAAAUAUAUCAGUAGCAAGUUGGUUGGACCGACUUUGAUUAAAUCCGGUAUUUAUCCUGUAGUAGUGGAGGAAUGUGUAACUAAAUGUUUAUUUUCUUAUAAUACAAUUCUUUUACCCUUA